UGAUCUUUGAUAUAUGCAUAUUUCGGAUCUGUUUUCCUUGCUAUCGCAUGACUGCGGCUGCGAUCCUCGGUAUCGCAAGGCGUUCAACGUCUUUGGACCAGGUAACGUGACCUUUCUACUCACAUAGUUUUGUCGUUUUGUCAUUUCGUUCCCCUAUCGGCGAUACAACUACAUAACCAUCUGUUCAGCAACGACGAUAUCUUGUAGUCACAUGUUCGAAAAAGGAACACCCAGAGAGCUCUUCGGAGGCGCAGUAGCGGCUAUCCUCCCAAGCGCAGUUUUGGAUGUCUCAGACAUCCGACAAGUUCCAGAUUCACAGGAAGCCUUCCUGUACCCCGAAUCAGAUGCGUUUCUUUCGAUAGAGGUGUUGCAAAGGGUUCCACCGGGAGAUGAUGCAGAGGCAGCGAGAUACCACUUCGAUGUACUGGCAGAAGAAAAUGGGGCUAUCGAUAAAGAAAUAACAGAGAUACACGCAUUGCGAUUGGAGCCAAAGAAGGCGGUAACUUCUGACGAUCUCACGCCAUCUCCCAUGUUCCUGUACGGUCGUCAGAAAGCGCGGAAGUUCAACCAACCGCAAGCAAAUGAAGUGGACAUCCUGAUCGCAUUGUUCCGCAUUGCCACGUCCAAGGCGACAGCAGAUGUCGUGGUCUCGGCCAGCAUCCCGACCGAAUCCACAGGGUUGGUGGACCGGGAUGCCAUAAAGUCUGACUUCCAAGCAUUGGUGUCGUCUUUUCACAUACUCGAUUUCGCUCUAUUCGCACCAACGACAGCCUAAUAUUGUAUUCCUUCCCUUCAUUCCCAUGUUUUCGACACUUUUCCUAUGCCGUCUUGAGCAGUCUGCUUUCCCCCAAUCGUGCCUCCCAGAGUGCAGUAGGCUCUUGGCCAGCGAUAGAGACUCCAAAUCGCAAGACAAUUCGCCUGUCGGCUAAACCACACGGGAUAAAUAUAAU